AUAUAUAUAUAUAUAUAUGUGACAACUCUAUUUAUCUAUCUAUAUCUAUCCUCUUCUCUCUGGAACACACUCUUUAGCUGGAUCAUUCUCACUCUCAAAUAGGGCCCAAAGCCGCGUGAGAAAAUAGGGAAUUUUGUUCUUGACUGUGUGUGUGUGCGCGCGCGCCCAAUCGGGUAAUGGAAUAGGGAGCUGAGUAGAAAGGACAAAUCUCGGUUUGGAGAAAAAUUCAUGAAAACGCGCAGCAGAAUAGGCUGAAAUUCAGGAUUCCAAUUUUAGUCGAUUUUUGAUUCAUUCGGCGAGUUCCGCAUAUUUCAAGGUUGUAAAAAUGUCGAGACCUCUUCAUCGAGGUGUGUCCGGUGGCGGCAGUCGAUUUUCAGGCAACAGUCAAGAUUUUUGGGAGGAUUCUCAGAUGAAAGAGAAGCCAGAGAAGGAAGAUAUUGAUCGUAAUCGUGCAAAGGGAGCUGAUCAUCCACAUUUAUCUUUUAGAUUUCCAUUUUGGUUUCUAUUUGCAGAUUGUUUAUCUUCAAAGAAUGGUUUGAGUGAGAACGGUUUUAUGUCCGACCCCUUUAGCCCCGGCCCCCACAGAAGCCGCCAUAAAUUGACACUCUCUCUGCUCAGAAUCAGUUUAGUUGUGAUUGUAUUUCUUGCUUUAACGGGCUCUUUCUGGUGGACACUCUCUAUGACUUCCAUAUCAAGAGCACAGAUUUAUCACGGAUACAGACGCCUUCAACAGCAGCUGGUAUCAGACCUUCACGAAAUUGGGGAGCUCACGAUUGGUUCUUCGAGGUUUAGGGAACUGAAUUUCUGUUCUCAGGAUUCGGAAAACUAUGUGCCAUGCUUCAAUGUUUCUGAAAAUCUGGCCUCAGGAUUUUCUGAUGGUGAGGAGUAUGGUCGGCACUGUGGGCUGGGUUCGAGAAGUAAUUGCUUGGUGAUGCCACCUGUCAAUUAUAGAAUUCCUCUACGGUGGCCUGCCGGGAGGGAUGUUAUCUGGUUUGCCAAUGUUAAUAUUACGGCUCAGGAGGUGCUGUCCUCUGGAAGCUUGACCAAGAGAAUGAUGAUGUUGGAUGAAGAUCAAAUAUCAUUUCGUUCAGUAUCAUCUACUUUUGAUGUCGAAGACUACUCGCACCAAAUUGCAGGAAUUAUCGGGCUAAGAAAUGUAUCCUACUUUACAGAAGCUGGGGUUCGGACCAUCCUCGACAUAGAAUGUGGCUAUGGUAGUUUUGGUGCCCAUCUAUCAUCCAACCAGUUAUUGACCAUGUGUCUAGCGAAUUACGAGGCAUCAGGCAGUCAAGUGCAACUAACUUUAGAAAGAGGUCUUCCUGCAAUGAUUGGUUCAUUUACUUCGAAGCAGUUGCCAUAUCCAUCUCUUUCAUUUGACAUGGUACAUUGUGCACGAUGUCGGAUUGAAUGGGACAAAAAAGAUGGCAUAUACUUGAUCGAAGUCGAUCGUUUGUUGAGACCUGGGGGCUAUUUUGUGUGGACUGACCCACUUACAAAUUCUCAGCGUUCACUUCGCAACAAAGAUAACCUAAAGAGAUGGAACACAGUCCGUUUGCUAACAGAAAGCCUCUGCUGGGAGAUGUUGCCACAGCAGGACGAAACUGUUGUGUGGAAGAAGACUAGUAAGAAGAAAUGCUACUCAACAAGAAACAUAAUGAUAUCUUUGAACAGAAGCGUAAAUUCACAGAAUAGAUUGAGGAAAAGUGGAUCCCCUUCUCUAUGCAAUAAAGGACAUGACAUUGAGACCCCAUAUUAUCGCCCCCUCCAGUCGUGCGUUGGAGGAACUCAAAGCCGCCGAUGGAUUCCUAUUGAAGAAAGGAGAAAAUGGCCUUCCCAGGCCAAAAUGAGCUCAGCAGAACUAGAAAUCCAUGGUUUGCACUCAGAGGAGUUUAAUGAAGAUGCUAUUAAUUGGAACUAUGCAGUUCGCAACUAUUGGUCACUUCUUUCACCGCUGAUAUUUUCUGAUCAUCCUAAGAGGCCUGGCGUUGAAGAUCCUUCACCACCUUACAACAUGCUGAGGAAUGUGUUGGACAUGAAUGCACGUCUCGGUGGAUUUAAUGCUGCUUUAUUGGAAACUGGGAAAUCUGUGUGGGUGAUGAAUGUGGUCCCUACGAAAGGACUAAAUACGUUGCCGUUAAUACACGACCGCGGAUUUGUUGGGGUGCUGCAUGACUGGUGCGAACCAUUUCCAACAUAUCCACGAACAUAUGAUCUGGUCCAUGCGGAUGGACUUCUCUCUCUUGAAUUUGAUGACAAGCCAAGAUGCCAAAUGCUAGAUUUGUUUGCUGAGGUAGAUCGUAUACUUCGUCCAGAGGGAUGGUUGAUUCUGAAAGACGGUACUCGACUAAUCGAGUAUGCAAGAUCUCUAACGACGCAUCUGAAAUGGGAUGCCCGAGUCGUCGAGAUCGAGAGCAAUAGUGACGAGAGGCUCCUCAUCUGCCAGAAACCGUUUUUCAAAAGACAGUCUGCGUGAUUUCGUCUAAAUAUAUUUUUAUAGAUUAUCGUAUAUGAUGCAUUUAUAAUCGCAAAUUCAUUUAUGAGGAUCUAAAUAGGGGUGGAUGGAAGUUUUUGAACCGAAUAGACAGAUAAAACGGUACAGGGGCAAAAAUAUGCAUAAUGGAUUGCUGGGAAUGAGCUGCAAACUCCCUAUGGAGCUGCAAGGCGGACAUAGGGCCGUGUAUAUUUACAUUAAAAAGGGUAUGGCUUCUUCUUGUGUUGUCUCAUUGGAAGAACUGAGAAAAGUUACAGAAUAUAUUUAAUUGUGGAAUUUUUUACAGUAAUUUUUUUUAUUAUUGUGUUGUGU